AUGUCAACACCCACCCUGUCCCCAAGGCCCAGAGGCAGCUCCCACACGUCGUCUCGUCCGCGCGGUACUGGAUCAACGCCCAUGACUCGACCGAGCCUGCAUCCGACGUCUGCCCUGCCUCCACUCACGCCCCGCAUGAACGGCGUCGCAAAGACACCUAGCCAUGUCGUCUCGCAGAAGCCAAAGGAGCCCUCGACACCAUCGCCCAACUACUUUGGCCUGGCCGUCAGCAAUACCGACCACUUCUCCUCCAGUGCUGCCCAGCACAUUCGUGGCAACUGGAGCCCGCCUACGUCCAAUGUGCGCUCUACAGCCGCCGCAUCGCCUAGGAUAAUACCUGUGGAGCAAAACCCUGAAUUUGAGCAAUUUAGGAAACAAUCGGAAAACAACCGGGCUUUCGCCCUGGGCAGUUUCGACUUUGCCUCGCCGGGUCUCAAGGCUUCCUCCAAAAGCCCUUUCUUCGCCAACAUGGAGCCCAGAUUAUCGCCCUCCUCACAAUCAAUGCCACCGCCGGACAGAUGCAGCGACAAGAGUGACUCGAGCGAUGAACAAGGACUGGCAUGCAAGCCACGUUCGCCUAAACGCAUGCUGUCGACCGAAAACGGCGUCUUUCCUGACCGACCACGACGCAAUUCACCAGCAAGUUUUGAAGGAACCGGACGCUCAGAUGCGCUUGCACAGUUCGCUGAGCCUCGCGUUCCACGCCCAUCAUUGCCCUCGAAAAAGUCUCAUCUACAUCACUUGUCCAUUUCAAAUCAACGUGCUGAGACACUUCCCGCACACUUUGAGGAACAGACCAACACAAGCGGCCCCACCAUGGUUACUGCCCAGCACAUUGUCAAUAUAUUACAGUCUUCAAUCGAAGAGGUCCUUCUCCUCGAUCUCCGCGUCUCAACACAGUAUGCCAAAGCCCGCAUAACAGGCGCAUUGAGUCUCUGCAUCCCCACGACGCUGCUCAAAAGACCGUCUUUCAAUGUCCAGAAACUGGCCGAAACGUUCAAAGAGGACGAACAAAGGGACAAGUUUGAACGAUGGAGGAGCAGCAAACACAUCAUAGUAUAUGACGCCAACUCGUCGCAGAUGAAGGACGCUACAACUUGCAUCAACACUUUGAAAAAGUUCACAAACGAGGGUUGGUCAGGUGGUACCUUUAUAAUCCGCGGAGGCUUCCAAGAGUUUGCUGAAAAGUUCCCUGCCUGGGUCACACACCCAAGCUCGGCAAGCCCAACGUCCGGUACUGCUGCUCUGAGCCUCAACUCCGACCUGCCUUCUGUUGCCCCAGUCAUUGGCGGUUGCCCUAUGCCCGCAACGCAAAACGCCGCCAAUCCCUUCUUCGGUAAUAUCCGUCAAAACAUGGAUCUCAUUGGUGGUGUUGGUCAAAUGCCCGUCAAGCUACCAGCAGGUAUGACCCAAUCGGUCGAAGACGAUCUCCCCCGAUGGCUUCAGACAGCAUCCGAGGAGCAGGACAAGGGCAAGACUGUCGCCGAACGCUUUUUGCAGAUUGAAAAACGCGAACAAAAGCGCAUGCAAAAAGCCUUGUCUGGUGAAGUCGUCUACGACGCUCCAGUGACUUCUGGGGGCACCGCCCAACACAUCCAGAUUGCAGGUAUCGAAAAGGGUUCAAAGAACCGCUACAACAACAUCUGGCCCUACGAGCACACACGUGUCAAGCUUGAGGGAGUUGCCGAGGGCAGCUGUGACUAUGUCAAUGCCAACCACGUCCAGGCCGCUUAUUCAAACAAGCGUUACAUUGCAACGCAGGGACCAAUACCGGCUACCUUCAAGGACUUCUGGAACGUUGUUUGGCAACAAGAUGUCCGCGUCAUCGUCAUGCUCACCGCUGAGCAAGAAGGUGGACAGGUCAAGGCGCACAACUACUGGUCGGAGAAGCAAUAUGGGCACCUGCACCUUAACAAGCUUGGCGAGCGCCGCGCCUCUCUGGAACCGUCGAAGAUUUACCGCCACAGGGAGCAGUCAAGGCCUACCAUGGGCCAGCGCAGGUCCACUAACCCACCAAGACUUGCCAAUUUCACAAAGGAGGCAUCUACCGGCCCCCCGAACCAGGAGCAGCCCUACGUUGUUGUGCGCAAGUUUACGCUCUCCAACGACGAGGAACCUUUUGCAAGGAUGCGCGAAAUCACCCAACUCCAAUACUCGCACUGGCCUGAUUUUGGUGCGCCAGCGCAUCCCACCCACCUGCUCGGUUUGAUCGAGCAGACUGAUGCCGUUGUUCGUUCUGUCAACGGCGGCUCACCCUCGCAGCCUGACCCACCCAACAGCCGCCCGAUCAUAGUGCACUGCUCUGCUGGAUGUGGACGUACCGGUACAUUCUGUACAGUAGACUCUGUUUUGGACAUGCUCAAGCGACAACGCCAAGCUCGCCAUGCUCGGCAGACGACUCCAAUGGACACGGAUUCCAACGACCAGCUAUCCAAGAACGAACGAGACGAAAACAGCUGGGUGAACAAUGAAGACAUUGACCUAAUUGCCAAGACGGUUGAAGACUUCCGUCUCCAGCGUUUAAGCAUGGUGCAAAGUCUGCGUCAAUUUGUUCUUUGCUACGAGAGUGUCAUGGAGUGGUUGGUUGAGCAGCACCCCAAGUCUGCCUAG